UGGUAUUGCAAGCGCUUCUCCUUCUCUCCCCUCUCUGUGUCAUCAGCGAAACACCAAGGGACAACAAGACUGAAAUACAAUGGUUUUCCCUCCCUGCACAUCCACUCAGUGACUACAGCCUCCUCCACCUGCUGCUUCUGGGGCUCUUUCGGUUUGUUGUUGUUCCGAGGAUUUGCCCUUAGCGGAUUUUGCUCCUGUCUUCUCUUUCUUUAUUGUUAUUGAAGAGCAUUUUUUUUGGGGGGGGGGGGGAGAAAACAGCACAUCAGACAACGGCAGCAACCACCCCCUCCCCAUCCCUGAGAGGGCAGCUACAGGGAUCUCUCUACCUCAGUCUCUGUGUGGGUAUGUAUUUAUAGAUCCUCGAUGUGAUCUGGGACUGUGUGAUUUGCUGGAGAAAGGAUCGCCAGGCAGCCAGCUCUCUGCGCUCUGCUAUGACCGGGAAGCUAGUGGAGAAGAUCCCGGUGACCAUGAGCAGUUUGUUAAACACCCUGCAGGAUACUAUCUACCCCGAGGAUGAAAUUGUACCCGCCGUGCCAACUUCCAUGAACAUUUUUAACUCGGACGCCGGCAGCGCGUACAGCCAGAUGGGCGCAGAUGGACUGAUGGACGUAGCGAUGGACAAAGGGACUCAGGAGCUUUCCUACCCACACACAUUCCAACACCCGAGCCGUGGGCAACCGCUCACCUACUUGGGCAAGUUUGCUUUUGACUCUCCCCCUGGGGGCCCGCUGGGUGGCUCGAACUGGUGCCCGGAGAACAUCAUCAACCUGGCAGGCAUUUUCGGGGUCUCCCACUCGCCGGUGAGCAGCAGUGGUGGAGGUAGUGGUAAUAACCCCCAGGGGCCUGGUGCCUGCCCACUGCUGCCGGCCCAGGGGGACUUGGAGCCACUGUAUGAGGCUCCUCAGCAACAGCAGGGAGCCGGCUCAUACCCACAGUGCGGGGAGAUGUACCCAGAAGCGGUGUACCACCCUCAGGCAAACCCGGCCAGCAGCGGCAGCAACAGCAGUAGCAGCAGUACAAGCUCGGUGAACCUGUACUCCACUCAGGACUGUCACAGCAAGGUGGGCCAGGAGACUGGUGGCAGCAGCAGCCUGUUCUCUGUGAUCCCGGAUUAUAACUUGUUCCAGCAACACCAUCAGCACCACCACCAUCACCAUGCUCACCAUCAGCACCAUCACCAGGAGUUGCAGUCCCUUCCUGAGCCCAAGCAUUUCCCAUCUGCUGUGGAGCCAAUCCGAAUUCCUCCUCCCCUCACCCCACUCACCACCAUCAAGGCGUACACUGACUCCAAGCAGCUGCCCAGCACCUUCAGCCCACACCCAGGACCACCCCAGCCACCGCAGCAGCUCAGCCUGAAGCCAAUCCGGCCCAGGAAGUACCCGAACCGGCCGAGCAAGACGCCGGUCCACGAGAGGCCGCACGCUUGCCCGGCGGACGGCUGUGACCGCCGCUUCUCCCGCUCGGACGAGCUGACCCGGCACCUCCGGAUCCACACCGGCCACAAGCCGUUCCAGUGCCGCAUCUGCAUGAGGAGUUUCAGCCGCAGUGACCACCUCACCACCCACAUCCGCACUCACACCGGCGAGAAGCCCUUCUCCUGCGACUUCUGCGGCCGCAAGUUUGCGCGCAGCGACGAGCGGAAGAGGCACGCCAAGAUCCAUCUGAAACAGAAGGACAAGAGGCUGGAGAAGGCGGCGAGCACCGCCACAGGGGCUGGGGUUACACCUCCCGCUCCCCACACCCCGGUCUCCAGCUGUGCCUGAGGACAGUGCCGUUACAGCACCGCUACCAGGCACCGCGGGGGUGCGGGGAGUCUCUGUCCAUUCCGCCUCUCCACCUUGUCGACAGCUCCACCAGCCCUUGACCUGGGACUUGGAGUCAGGAGGAGUGGGGCGGAGGGCUCUCUCUUCUUUUUAACCAGUGGAUAUUUAUAGACCAGGAGGACCAACAAACGUCACGUUGCCCCACACCCACCCCCAGCCA